CGCCCCUGGCGCCCGGGGGCCCGGCGCGGCCGGGAGGUGCGGGCGGCCGCGGGAGGCGGCGGGCUCCGGGGGCAGCAGCGCGGCGGGCGUAGGUCUAUGUCGCGGGCGGCGGCCGCGGGGGGACGAUGCGCGAGUACAAAGUGGUGGUGCUGGGCUCGGGCGGGGUAGGCAAAUCCGCCCUGACGGUGCAGUUCGUGACCGGCACCUUCAUCGAGAAAUACGACCCCACCAUCGAAGACUUCUACCGCAAGGAGAUCGAGGUGGACUCGUCGCCGUCGGUGCUGGAGAUCCUGGACACGGCGGGCACCGAGCAGUUCGCGUCCAUGCGAGACCUGUACAUCAAGAACGGCCAGGGCUUCAUCCUGGUCUACAGCCUCGUCAACCAGCAGAGCUUCCAGGACAUCAAGCCCAUGCGGGACCAGAUCAUCCGCGUGAAGCGGUAUGAGAAAGUGCCAGUCAUCUUGGUUGGAAACAAAGUAGACCUGGAGAGUGAGAGAGAAGUGUCAUCCAAUGAAGGCAGAGCCCUGGCUGAAGAAUGGGGCUGCCCCUUUAUGGAGACCUCCGCUAAGAGUAAGACAAUGGUGGAUGAACUCUUUGCAGAAAUCGUGAGACAGAUGAACUACGCUGCUCAGCCCGACAAAGACGAUCCGUGCUGUUCUGCCUGUAACAUACAGUAGCACCCAAGGCCGGCUGUGUCCCAGCGAUAGCUCAUCUACUCUACUGCAGUCUGCAGGAUGGCUGUUGUGAAUCCACAGCGCACAGCCGCCUGGAUUCAGAAGUGAGCAGUGGUUGUCAGUUGAUACCUCUGCAUAACAUUUGGGUCCAGAAACCAGUUGUCACCAUUGUCGUCAGUCUCCUUCUGUGUCUACAACUUGAAGGCAUGGCCUGCUCGAUCUACCGGGUGACCUCAUUGGAAAGCCAUGGUGGCAUUGUCGCUGAGUUGACAGAAGCAGCUAAUGCAUCGAUUAGAAGUAAUCUUGAGGGAGAAACCAGAAGAAUCCCUAUGAUCACAUACAAUUAAAAUAUUUUGUCUUCUUUAAAAAAGAAUAAAGAUAAGUAAAGGAGAAA